UACCUCUUGCUGAUGACGUUUUAUUUAGGGGACGAUAGCUAACUAGAAUCGAUAGCUGGCCAGCUACAAUGCGUCAAAAUGUAUAUAUUAAUGUUUUACGCACUGUAGCUUUGGGUUAAAGUUCCAAUCCCGCGUAGACUCAAAUAUUGUUUCAAUAAUUUGCAGUGAAAUGUUGGUGACGUUAACUAGUUGAAUUAAUCUGUUCAUUUCCAGAGAUAGCUUGCAGGAAAUGAUUAGCAAGCUAGCGAGCAAUUUUUGUUGCUAGCAAUAAUAAUGGGAACAACAAUGGGAAAGGGGAUGCCUAGUUAGUUGCACAACUGAAUGUAUUCAACCGAAAUGUGUAUUCUGCCUAAUAUGGUAGUACUAGUUAGUGAUCCAGCUUAGCUAGCUAUGUUGACAUUGUUUUUUGAGCUGCCAAGAUAGCUGUAGUUUUAGGUCACAGAGACAGCCAGGUAGAGCUGUGCCAAGAUGGAUGUCCAGUUGUCCAUCAGCUUCCUGAGGGACAGACUGGGCGGGGCCAUUGAGGAGGCAGUGCGUACAGCAGUGGAGUCUGUGCUGUGUGAGACUGUGCGUCUGUUAACCGGACUCCAAGGGGACCAGCAGCAGGGACUCUCCUCAGUGCCCCAGGGGGACCAGGACACCCUGGGACUGAAGCAGAGGUUAGAGGCUCCCAGCGGGGGUGACUGGAGGAUGCAGGCUGGGUCUUCAGGGGCAUUCUGUAACACAGGACCAAGGGGUAGUGGUGGUGGUGGGCGCGGCAACACUAAGAAUCCAAUGGGUCAGACCGCUUGCUCGACCACCCAAGCAUCACAAAGGACCACCGUGGAGCCCCAUCCCCUGGAGGUGGUGGAGGACUGUGCUGGACUGCCUGACCCGUUUGACCUUGUGUCGGCUGGGCCAGUGAUGGUGGACUUUGAGGAGGGUCAGGGCAUGGGGAUCCCAGAGGAGUGGGAGCUGAUGAACAGAGUGUACAAGACGGAGCACAAUGAAGACAUGGCCCUUAUUGAUGAGGACGGUACCACACACUUUGUAGAUGACCACAGGCUGCAUGAAGGAGACCUGAGGACAGUGGCUGUGCCCCUGGAGGGAGAGAUGGCUGCAAAGCCCCAAGACGCAUUGCACCCCUGCUUCAGCCCAGCCAACAUCAAAACAGAGCGACCUGAGAUAGAGAGAUGCUGCAUGGCUGAGGAGGCCCUUGCGCUGCCUCUGCCUCAUCAUGCCAAUAGUGGUGUGGAGGCUGGUGAGUUUGGGCUAGAGCCGGUGGAGGCUGGUCCACAGGACUUUGUAGGUCGCCUGCGCCUGUGGCUGGAGCAGCUGUGUCCUGAGGUGGUCCGGGAGUACGAGAGGGAGGGCUGUCUGUGUGAGCUGUCCCGCAGGAAGCUCAUCAAGUUCUCUGUGUCCUUCAUCGUGGAGGAGUUUGGAUUCUACCCUACCUCUGCUCAGAAGACCAUGUUGGCAGAGCUCAUAGUGGAGCUCUUCCCAGGACUCAGGCUCUGUGCACCCUCUGCUGGCAUCAAUGGCAUAGAACACUUGUACGACCCUUUGUCCCGUACGGGUUACAUUGAGACGCGCCUGCGAAACUCUCGACGCACCCUUGAAGACCACAAGAAGAAGUAUGUGCUGAAGAGGCGUCGGCCAGAGCCAGGCCUGGCGGACCCCCCUGGGCCUAGAUCGGGGCUUGGGCUCCUGGAGAGCCAGUCCAGCGAGGAGACCCAGAGGUGGGUGGAACUGAUGAAGAGAACCAGGCCCCUGACCAGGAACCUGCCUGCCAUCCACGGUGCUAUGGACCUCACAUUCAACGCACGCAGGAGGUGGAUCAGCAACACACGGCCUAGUAUGAGGGCUGUGUUGGCCGAGUACCCAUGUUUUCUUGACGUACCCGCCACGAUUGACCUGGAGUUUGAGAGGAUAUUCCCAGGUAAAGGCCACUCCUUCCUGGCCCAGUGGUCAUCGUUCGUGUUGCCAAGGGUGUACCAGAUUGCAGAGUGCGAGAAACACCCAGACAUCUCUGCACUUCUCCAACUGGCUGCCACACAGCAAGGAGACUCCUACACCCUGACUAUGCUGAAGGUCCUGAUCUAUGUACUACCACCAACAAACACCAGUAGAGCCUCCUUACCCUCCAGGAGCAGUGUCAGGCAGGCCAUUCGGUAUCUGGUGGACAUUGUACCGAUGGAUACCAAGGUGUCCUCCUUAUUCUGUGACCCUACCUCCUUGGAGGGCCCAGAGUCUGUCUCCCACGCUCAGCCCUACAUAGUUAGCGUGGGGCCCCUGGAGGCCCCUGGCCGGCAGCUUUGCAUCGUGUUCCCUGUUGAUAGGAUGGCAAUCCCCCUGCCUCAGGAGGGCCUGAGUAAUGCACUGGACAAGCUUUUCAAGCUUCUGCGUGUGUUUGAACUGGGGUACCCAGAUCAGCUAGCCUCCUUAUAUGGCUUCCUGGAGCACCUGUAUGGGCUGGAGAUGACCCCACAAGGUAACCAUGACUCCCCCAGUGGCAAGGGGUCAAAAGUGCUUGAACUUUUAUCACGGCUCCACAUGCCCUCCUGACAGAUGGCGUAGGUCUACACAUGAAUUGAACUCGCCCCACAGACUUACCUUCUGUUUUUUUGGGCCUAUUUUAUUCUAGCCAUCCUUUACAGAACACAUCCUUUACUAUGUUCUGGAUUUGCCCCAAAAUAAAAAGUAUGUCAGACUGAACUGAACAAUACUGAUGGAACACAAUGGUGCUCUGGAAAAAAUUAAGAAACCACUGCAAAUUUUUCUUAAAUCAGCAUCUCUACAUGUAUGACAGCCAUUCCA